CCUGGCGCAGGGGCGGGCGUGCAGCAGAGCGAGCUGCGGCCGUGGCAGCUGCACGGCUCUCGGCCCCGGAGCAUGCGCGAGAGUCGCCCCGGAGCCCCCCGCCGCCCCGCCCGCGGCGCCCCGCGCCCCGCCGCCAGCGCACCCCCGGACGCUAUGGCCCACCCCUCCGGCUGGCCCCUCGUGUAGGAUGGUGGCACACAACCAGGUGGCAGCCGACAAUGCAAUCUCCUCGGCAGCAGAGCCCCGACGGCGGCCGGAGCCUUCCUCCUCCUCCUCCUCCUCGUCCUCGCCCGUGGUCCCAGCGCGCCCACGGCCCUGCCUGGCGGCCCCGGCCCCGGCCCCAGGCGACACGCACUUCCGCACAUUCCGCUCGCACGCCGAUUACCGGCGCAUCACGCGCACCAGCGCGCUCCUCGACGCCUGCGGCUUCUACUGGGGUCCCCUGAGCGUCCACGGUGCGCACGAGCGACUCCGCGCCGAGCCGGUGGGCACCUUCCUGGUGCGCGACAGCCGCCAGCGGAACUGCUUCUUCGCCCUCAGCGUGAAGAUGGCCUCGGGCCCCACGAGCAUCCGCGUGCACUUCCAGGCCGGCCGCUUCCACCUGGACGGCAGCCGCGAGACCUUCGACUGCCUCUUCGAGCUGCUGGAGCACUACGUGGCGGCGCCGCGCCGCAUGCUGGGCGCCCCGCUGCGCCAGCGCCGCGUGCGGCCGCUGCAAGAGCUGUGCCGCCAGCGCAUCGUGGCCACCGUGGGCCGCGAGAACCUGGCACGCAUACCCCUCAACCCGGUUCUCCGUGACUACCUGAGCUCCUUCCCUUUCCAGAUCUGACUGGCCGCGCCCACCGUGCAGGCAGCAUUAACCGGGACACGUUGUUGUUACUGUUAUAAUUAUUUGCCUGGAACCACGUGGGUGACCUCCCCACCAGGGUUGGAGGGAGCCAGCGUAGGGGGCGAGGCGUCUCCCGCUCUGGCUGGCCAGGAGGCCGCAGACCCCUCCCUACCUCCUGGGGUUGGGGGCGCUCGCCCUCUUGGUGCUCCCUCUGGGCCCCCUGGUUGGUGUAGCAGCUUAAUUUAACUGAGUGUGGGGCCAGGACCUGAACUCGCACCUCCUACCUCUUCAUGUUUACAUAUACCAAGUAUCUUUGCACAAACCAGGGGUUGGGGAAGGGUCUCUGGCUUUAUUUUUCUGCUGUGCAGAAUCCUAUUUUAUAUUUUUUACAGCCAGUUUAGGUAAUAAACUUUAUUAUGAAAGUUUUUUUUU